GCUAGCAUACGACCAUGGUUGAUGCCCAAAAAUAGACACAUUGGGACGGAGUCGUUGUAUUUGUAUUGUAGCGGUCAUGAUCAAUAACGGCAUACACAGCCACGAAUAGUAUAAUGGUUGUCACUUCCAGCCUUAUCCCUACAUGUUUGUAGUUAGCAAGUUCAGUCACUCCAGAUAUCGUAUUGUCGUCAUUUCAAGCGGUUAAAGGUUCAUACAACUUCAUGUUGACACGAUGAAGAUGAGGAAUAUUAUCCUGCUGUCCCCGCUGCUGCUCCUCCUCAACAUGCAACACACUGCAUCCGCAUCCAAAGGCGUCGUUGCAAGUCUAAAAGCCAAAUGGCACACGACACCUUUCCUUUUGGAGACAAGUGAGUUUAUUGGAGAGGAUGGCAAUGAGAAAUUCUGGCAGUUUGUUGACACUGUAAAAGAGCUCACCGUGUACAAGCAAGGAGAGUCUGUGCGCUCCUACUACAACCUUGUCAUAAAGAAAGCCAACCAGUUCCUCACGGAUCUUCAAGUGAACCUGUUGAAAAUGGCUCUCUCGCUGCACUUCUACUCUCCAGCUGUUCACGCCUUCCAGCGGAUAGCCGACGAUGAGCCGCCACCUGAGGCCUGUCCAGCUUUUGUCUCCGUUCAUGGCCAACAUAGCUGCAGUACAAAGAAGAUCAAGAAGCUUCUGAAGGCUGCUGCAGGCAGGCCCCAUCCGUAUUUGUACAAGAAUGAUCACAUAUAUCCCGGGGCUAAUAAAACAGACGUCCCGGUCGUGAUCCUGUAUGCUGAGAUUGGAACCAAGAAGUUCACCACCUUUCAUACCGUGCUAUCAGAGAAGGCUGAUGGGGGAGCUCUAACAUAUGUACUGCGUCAUUUUGUGGCGACUCCAAAGCAGCAGAAGAUGCUUUUAUCUGGCUAUGGCGUCGAGUUGGCAAUCAAAAGCACAGAGUAUAAGGCGGUGGACGACACCCAAGUCAAAGAUUCAAAGACAAUCAUUAAGGCAGAGGAAGAUCAUAAUGACGAAGUUCAAGGAUUCUUUUUUGGAGCAUUGAAGAAAUCUCAUCCUGAACUCCAGGAGCAACUGGGCGAACUUCGUAAGCAUUUACUGGACAGUACCAAUGACAUGGCACCUCUCAAAGUGUGGGAGCUCCAAGACCUAAGCUUCCAAGCGGCUGCCAGAAUCCUGUCUGUGCCAAGGUUUGAUACUCUGAAGCUUAUGCGAGACCUCAGUCAAAAAUUUCCAAGCAAGGCAAGAUCACUGACAAGAGUGGCUGUAAACAGCAAGAUGAGAAAAGAAAUUGAGGAAAACCAAAAGCAUCUGAGUGAGACCAUUGGUGUUCACCCAGGAGACGGGGAGCUGUUCAUAAAUGGUUUGCACAUUGAUCUGGAGGUUCACGAUGCUUUCAGCAUUUUGGAGAUCCUUAGAAGCGAGGCCAGGGUCUUGGAAGGUCUUCACAACCUGGGUGUGAAAGGAGAGCAUCAGGGCACGCUCCUGAGAUUGCCUGCAAACCACGUGACAGACAGCUAUGCCUUAGAUAUCAGACAUCCAGCUGUAAUGUGGAUGAAUGACAUUGAGAAUGACCCGAUGUACAGCAGCUGGCCAGCAGGUGUCCAGGAGCUGCUGAGAACGACUUUUCCAGGAGUCAUCCGACAGAUCAGACGGAAUUUCUUCAACCUGGUGCUAUUUCUCAAUCCGGAAGAGGAGAAAAGUGUCGAGCUGGUCAAACUUUCCGGGCUCUUCUACAAACACAAGAUCCCCCUAAGAAUUGGAUAUGUGUUUGUUGUCAACGCUGAAGAUGAGAUCGAUGGCUUCUCUGAUGCGGGGGUUGGCUUUUACCGACUCCUGAAUUACAUCGCAGACGAGUAUGAUUUAUCCCAGGCCCUGCUAUCCAUGGCCUCAUUGUACAACAGAGUUGAUGAAGGGGAAGCGUUGACGACUGACACCAUCAGUGCUUUCCUGAAGAGCAAAUUCCCUAAAGCCAAGGCUGAAAGGAUCUUCGGUGCUAAAUCAGAGUAUGAUGACAGAAGGAAGGAAGGCACCCUCUUCUACAAAAAGAGUGGCCUGGGUGCCCUUCCGCUAGCGUUAUUUAACGGCAUCCCGUUGAGCCCAGAUGAGAUUGAACCAGAUGAGCUGGAGAGCAUCAUCCUGCAGCACAUAAUGGACUCCACCACUGCCUUCCAGAAAGCUGUUUUCAUGGGUCAUUUGACUGAGGGAACAGAUGUGGUGGAUUACCUAAUGGAGCAAGCGAACGUCGUACCCAGAAUGAAUCCACUCAUUCUGAGUACAGACCGAAAGUACCUGGACUUCACUUCCUCUCCAGUUGUAAGUGACUGGGAAGACACAACUAUGUUUUCAUUCCUGGACUCCAGAGACAAGACAGCUGUGAUAGCUAAGAGAAUGAAAUACCUGACUAAUAAUGAUGAGGACGGGAUGAGCACUGUGACCAUGUGGAUUGUCGGAGAUUUCCAGAAAGCCUCUGAAAGAAAAUUGUUGCUCGCUGCUCUUAAACAUUUGAGAGCCAGCCCUGGAGUACGUGUGGGGGUGAUGGCUAAUCCCAGUGGAAGGCCCAGCGAAGAUAACACGACCGUGUACCGGGCUAUCUGGGCUUCGCUCCUCACCCAGAAGAAUAAAGCUGUGGCUGAGUUUGUGCAAAAAAUUGCAAGGGAGCAAAGUUACCAGCUCCUCAUGCAGGGGACAAAGAUGAAGGACUUGCUGCUGCAGGGAAUGGACACGGAUGCCUUUGAGAAGAAGUUCAACACACUAGAGGUGAAUUUUGUCCGCAGUCAGCAGCUCUUCUGCCGGGAUGUCCUAAAACUGAGUGCCGGACAGAGGGCGGUCAUCAGCAAUGGCAGGAUCCUCGGGCCUCUCGAUGAGCAGGAGGAAUUCACUGCAGAGGAUUUCCAAUUGCUGGAGAAGAUUACUCGGAGCAGCUCUGCAGAGAAAGUCAAAGCCCAAGUUAAACUGAUGGGGAUGAAGCCAAAGCAUGCGAGUGAUCUGGUCAUGAAAGUUGAUGCCCUGGUCACUGCAGCCCCCAAGGGAGAAGUCCGAAGGGAUGUGCACUUUCUUAAAGAGAGCCACAGCGUGCUGCAGCUCUCGCCCCGUGAAAAUGAGGUGUUCUAUGAUGUGGUGGCCAUCGUUGACCCGCUUACCAGGGCCGCGCAGAAGAUGUCCCCCCUGCUGAUUGUUCUCAGUCAAGUGGUCAACUUAAGGCUGCGGUUGUUCAUGAAUUGCAGGGGCAAGUUGUCCGAGAUGCCCCUCAAGAGCUUUUACUCUUUUGUGUUGGAGUCUGAUGUCAACUUCUUGGCCAACGACACCAUGUCUGCUGGUCCGGUGGCCCGCUUCACGGAGCUCCCCGAAUCGCCACUUCUCACCCUUAAUAUGAUCACACCAGAGGGCUGGAUGGUGCAGGCCCUCCGCAGUCCCCAUGACUUAGAUAAUAUCCACCUCCAGGAGGUGAGCGGGACCGUGACGGCAGAGUACGAGCUAGAGCACCUCUUGCUCGAGGGCCACUGCUUCGACCUGUCGACCGGCCAGCCUCCCCGUGGACUACAGUUUACCCUGGGCAUGAGUCGAGACCCUAUCAUGUACGACACCAUCGUCAUGGCUAACCUGGGGUAUUUCCAGCUGAAAGCCAAUCCUGGUGCCUGGAUGCUCAGGCUGCGUAAAGGACGAUCGGAGGACAUCUACCAGAUUCUGUCGCACGAUGGAACCGAUUCCCCAGGAGAUGCAGGUGACGUUGUUGUGUUGCUGAACAGCUUCCACAGUAAGAUCAUUAAAGUCAGGGUGCAGAAAAAGGCAGAGAAAAUGAAUGAAGAUCUUUUAAGUGAAACGAGUGAAAGCAAAGGCCUGUGGGACUCCAUAGCAAGCAUCGCAGGAGGAGGUCCCAAGAAGGAUGAUGGCGAAAAGAAGGAGGAUGGUCUAAACCUCUUUUCAAUUGCCUCUGGUCAUCUGUACGAGCGCUUUCUGCGGAUCAUGAUGCUGUCCGUCUUUCGCCACACCAAAACGCCUGUCAAGUUCUGGUUUCUCAAGAAUUACCUCUCCCCUUCCUUUAAGGAGACCAUCUCCCACAUGGCAGAGGCAUACGGCUUCCAGUAUGAGUUGGUGCAGUACAAGUGGCCACGCUGGCUCCACCAGCAGACAGAGAAGCAGCGUAUCAUUUGGGGCUACAAGAUCCUCUUCCUGGAUGUCCUCUUCCCACUGGCUGUGGACAAGAUCAUCUUUGUGGACGCCGACCAGAUUGUUCGAGCUGAUCUGAAGGAGUUGCGAGAUCUGGACCUGGAGGGCGCUCCUUACGGCUACACGCCUUUUUGUGACAGCCGCACAGAGAUGGACGGCUAUCGCUUUUGGAAAAGUGGCUACUGGGCGUCACAUCUGGGACAAAGGAAGUACCACAUCAGCGCGCUCUACGUGGUCGAUUUGAAGAAGUUCCGCAAGAUAGCGGCCGGCGACAGACUGCGAGGACAGUACCAAGCCCUGAGCCAGGACCCCAACAGUCUGUCAAACCUUGACCAGGACCUUCCCAACAACAUGAUCCACCAGGUGGCCAUCAAGUCUCUCCCUCAGGAGUGGCUGUGGUGUGAGACGUGGUGUAACGACGCCUCCAAAGCGGCCGCCAAGACCAUCGACCUGUGCAAUAACCCCAAGACCAAAGAACCCAAACUGACGGCGGCGGUGAGGAUCGUACCAGAGUGGGUCGGUUACGACAAUGAAAUCAAGCAGCUGCUCAAGGGAAUCCGUCAACGGGAAGACGACGCCACGUCAAAACGGACACCGUCGCAACGUAAUGACGGCCACAAGCGUGAUGAACUUUAGCAAGAGGAUCAAGUGAGGACGCCUGAAGUCAGACGAUGACACGCACACUCUGGAUUAUAUUUGGAAUCUUUGCCACGUGUGCUUCAGCAGUCAAUUCGCACCAGCCGCGCCUGACGGCUGAAGUGUUAAAAUUACCAAGAGGGACGUCGCUACUGGCACACUUGGAACCGUGAAGGAGAGUGAAUGGAAGGGAGAUCAGGUUUGUGUUGGGAUACAUUGCACUGAAAUCCUGUCUUAUUAUUUGACAUUGUUAAAAAAUAGUUUUUCAAAUGUUGGAAGCGCCCACAGAAGAACGAGCAGCUGCCAUUAAUCACCAAUGAUCACGUCCAUUAGCCUGACCAUCGUAGCAGUCACAAUUUGAAUGAGAACCACUGCAAGAAAAAAAGUCGUCAAGUUAUGACUGUAAUGUUGUAAAAUACAUAUUUUUGGAGUAAAUGUCAAAAUUCCCGUGCGAACCGAAAGUGAGGUUAUUUGACUUCACUGGUACCAUACAGAGCUUGUAGCUCCGGCUCGCAAGUCAAAGCAAAAAAUAUAUAUAUACAUUUUGUAUAGAAAUCAUGUCAUGUUAAAAACCAUCUGGUCAGAUGAUUGAACAAAGCCAACAGAGAGGUGAAAAGACAACUUCAUUCUCCUAAAAUGACCCAUUUCCAAAGGUAUUAUUAUGGUAAAUAUGAAAACAACAGAAUAUACGAGAACAAUGUCUUCUUAUGACUGAAAAAUGAUUUGUCUUGUCGUGUUGACAUUUUUUUUUCUGUAAUUGGAAUUCCUAAAAUGUAAAAAUCCUUUUAAAAAGAUUUUUUUCUCCUGUAAAGUGACUGAAUCCCGGCAAAUUUACAACGUUAUGCUUAAUGAUUCCGCAUUUUGUUUCCCCUGUAAUGCUCCCAAGAUGAUAAUUUACCACAAGAAUACUCCGACUCACCCCGCUUUUAUAUUCAACACCAAAUAAUCAUUUUGUAUAAGCUGUUGCCUAGCAACAGCACCUGGACAUUAAAGGUCUUUCAAAUUUAGGCAUAUGCCAAAAAGGGUUCACCCCCUCAUGAAUAGCAACUCCCUUUCCCAGGACAACAGCAAUAUUAUGAAUCAAGGUUUUCAUGUCAAGUGCAUCCUUUUUCUUCAGCGUUGUCCAGUUCAUUUUGUAUUUUUGUAUGAAGAGUAGCCGUAAAUGUUAAUCGAGCCAGAUCAGUACAAUUGCAGUGAAAUCUGUGCAAAACUAGCCCGUGUAGCAGGCUGAGCUAAUCUCAAAUAGGAAAAUGAAAACGGGACUAGACUGUGUUACUGGUUUAUCAUCUUUCAGUGUCUGUUCAUGAUUUUUAACUUAUCACUUUGCAUCUUAGUUGAAAUGUCGCACCUUCCAAAAAUAACGGCCGAAGUAAUUUUUCGGUUUAAAAAAAACAAAUGAACGGAAACGCUGUCAAUCUGUUCCAGCAUCCCAAAAAGAUCCAACAAAAAUGUUUGUAAUGAGAAAUUGAUCAGGAAAUUAAAACCGUUUUUGCCAUGUUUUACUGGACAUUGUGGUGCACCUGCCUUGGCCACCAGGAUGCAGUAUAAUACAUACAGCCACAAUUGAAGUUUCCCAUCUAAGUAACUCAGUAAGCUGCAGUGAUGUCAGCCAUUUUUCACAGAGGAUAAAGAAUAUAUGCUUGUGAGUAUUGUCAUUAUGUUUACCUGUUUUUCAGUGUUUGAGUUCAAACAUCUGUUGCUAAACGGGUUAGAACAUCACGACGCGGACAUUCAUUAGCCUGUCUGUGACGUUAGCUAUACCUUAAAUAAGUCUGCUAAGCUAAGUGGCUGUUUUGGAAUUCUGUUUUAUGUUUAGUUUAGACAUAAACACUAACUGGGAUUGACAUCUUGUCAUAAAAUGACUGACAUUCUUUUAGGAAUGUGAUUAUAUUCAGUAUUCUGCUCUCAGGAAUGAAAGGUGUGCUGCAGCUUGGCCAAAGAGUCUUGAAUGAAACCCAAACGUGGUCCACGUUUCACCGUGUCGCGUCGCCUUUUUACGUUAUGUCAUUCAAGUGUGGAUGAAAAUAAAUGGAACAUUUGAACAAAAUGAAUGAGUGGUAAGUACAUCUAAUAUACAUAAAUAAGCUCUUUAUUUACAGGUCAAGACACAUUCCAGUCAUAUAAAAAUAGUAGUGUACAGCACGUACAAAAUGAUUUUCCUGAAUGGAUGUGCAUCAGAAGAGAAAACUUACUUUAGAAUGAACCCUUUUGCUCCCGGUAGGUAAAAAGCUCCUUUUUGUUUGCAUGGCAACAUGUCGUAUUCAAAAUGGAGUUUGCACGUCAACAAACUGCUUUAAUUAAGA